UGCGCAGAACGACAGGUGGUCGGCGAGUCGACCCUGCCAUAGCGACCGAACAUCGACUUCUCAUGCUCAUCAUCAGCCGCUGUCGUGCUCAAGCAAGAGCGAUAUGCAGUGCUUUGUGUUGAUGUGCUCGUGGUGACAUGGCGUCUUUAUUUUAAAUAUUGUGAAAGGUGUAAAUUGUGAAAAAUUUUGUUUAUUUACAAUGAGUGUUAAUUAUGAUCGUGUUUGUAGACUAUGCUUGUCAUCUCGAGGUGAAUUACUGCCGAUAUUUCCUACCACCAGUUCGAAUGACUCGGAACCUCUCGUCCUUGCUGUGAAAAUUAAUGAUUGCGUGUCCGUUCAGAUUAACGAAAAUGAUGAAUUGCCAACUAAUGUCUGCAGAAAGUGCAUGGAUAAUGUCAAUAACUGGCACAUAUUCAAGUCAGUUUGUGAAAGGACUCAAAACAAACUACAAUCUCUGAUUAAUAAAGAGAGCAGCCAUCUAGAAGAGAUUCAUAUUAAAACUGAACCAAAUGAGGGUUUGUCUGAUGGGGGCUAUGAUGAUGGAGUGGUUAUCAAUGGAACAUAUCCUGAUGAUGAAAUUGCUGCAUCCUCAAGCAAGGUCCAACCUGAAGGCCCACCAAUAUUGGCAUCUUUGGGACUCACUCCGAGAAGCGAUAAGGGCGUUGAAAGUGAUAAAGAUGAAGAGGAAAUGGAAAUGGAAGACGAGGAGAUGAACGAGGAUCAGGGCUUUAAUGCCCCCAACGUACCUGAAGUGUCCAUCACUGUGAUGCGUCCUUCGGGCGAGACACUACACUCGCGUCAAGGAAUACAACAACUGGCGUCUAAAGACUGUCUCGUGUGCGGCCGCUCUUAUAGAUAUUCUCACAAUGCUCGGCGUCACGAACUGACAGCUCACAGCUUCGAUAGGUAUACAAACAAAAUAACGGCCAAAAAAUCACACAACCGGAUGCAACCUAAAUUGCGACCCAACCCGUUUAACCCUAAAGCACGGUUGAUGCCGAAUCCCAUCAGCCAUAAGAUGCAACUCCAACUGCCCCAACUACAACAAUCUAUUAAACUCAUGCCUAAGAAAAUAAUAAACCCCCCGAAACCGAUUCCCAUCAGAAGCCUCAAGCCUUCGCAGAACAAUUUGCCUUAUCCCUUACGUAUCAAGGCGCUUAAAGAUUUGCAGAUUAAAAAGAAGGAACCGCAAAUAUUGAAAACGCUACUGACGACCAAACCGGAGGUUCUAGUAUCGGAGCCAGAAAUUAUUAACUCGGGGCCGGAAAGCCCCGAAACGUUGAUAUCCGAACCGGAGAUAGCCUCAUUCCAAGUCGAAACUAUCUUAUCUGAGCCCGAUGGCUUCAUCCACCACGACGACGAUGAUAAAGAUGACGACGUCAAAAAUCAUAACCAAAAUUACGACACUGUCGAUAUGGAUUCAGAUAAUGAAAUUGAAAUCGCCCGUCAACCCGAUAAUGAGGAAGAAACAGAAGUUAGGCCCCAGACCGAAGCAGGAGAGAAUGAUAACGAGGAAGAAAAUGCGGCAGACGAACAACAGAACGAUUUAGGAAAAGAAAAUGAAGGGAUAGAUCAAAGUCAGGAGAAAGUUUCCGAAGAGCAUCACGAUGAUGGCGAAGAAGAUGCAAAAGAGCCCGAAGAAGUGGACAAAGACGUCGAUGACGGUCAAGAAAAUUACGAAUACGACCAAGACGGUGAACCUCCAAUAGCCCCUGUCGUGGAAAUAAACGAGGAUAUGCAAAACUCGUACAACAGCGAAGCUAUCGAGAACGAAGAAGAGGAAUUGGAAGAUUACACCGCAGACGACGGUGGAGAUGGAGAAGAAGAUGCCAAAGAGCUGGAUCCGGACAAACAGUACGUUACUAAGACGCAGAGAGAAUUCAUUCUUAAGUAUCGGGACAUAAUCGAACAAAUCAAUACUCAGAGGUGUCUCUGCUGCGACAGAGAACAUCCCCGAAGGAAAGCGGUCAUCCAGCAUUUGCAAAAAAAUGGGCACAAAGUCCCCAAGCACACGUGCUACAAUUGCGUCGUUACAUUUUCUCAUAUCGGUGCUCUGCUGAGCCACAUGAGGUCGAACUCUUGCACCGAUUUGUGGAAAGUCAUCUACAAGGAAGGCGGAAUCACCGACGAUCAAGUGAUCGACGACGAGCCAAAGGUUAAGGUGCAAUACAAAGACAUUCUCAACGCGAGGUCUUACGCCUGUAAGCUGUGUCCCGCUAAAUUCCAACUGAAACAACUCAUAAUGAAGCACGUGCUCGACGUCCACGAGGAUGGCCAAUCGCACGUAGUUCUCGCGUGCGUACAUUGCGGCUCACGAUUUAAAGACAAAUCUAUUUGGAAGAAGCACAUCCGCAACGGCGAAUGCACCGUGUACAUCGCGUGCGAUCUGUGCACCGAAAAGUUUGGCAACGUGCAGGACUUUAACGAGCACGCCGUGGCCGUCCACGCUGGCAAUUUCGAUCCCGACAGUCAGAGCAAGUGUAUCGACGGACGACCGACAGAUUGCCCGAUAUGCGAUAAGAAAUGCUGCUCUUAUCAAGCCCUCGUGAAACACUUGAAAGCGAUUCACAACGAAGAGACGCCUCACUACUGCCAACACUGCGAGGCAAAGUUCGAACAUGCCGCCGAUCUCGACAAGCAUACCUACACGGAACAUUCUCUCAAGAUGCUGGGAACUAACGCUUCCGAGCCGGACAUGUCGCUGGUGAAAGAGGAAGCCGAGGAGUACCAUUACUCGUGCACCGAAUGUAAUGCCAUAUUCGAGACGGUCGACGCGUGGACGGAUCACCAGGUCGCCGAACACAAUCAGAUCGCGCAUCACUGCGACCAAUGUGAGAAGAAGUUCUUGCGGCCUUCCGAACUGGCCGAGCACAAAAACAGCCAUUUGCGUGUCAAAUUUUAUCCGUGCAGUUUGUGCGGAAACUCUUACAGUAGUCCUCAGAAGCUGUCUCAACACGUCCAACAGACUCAUCCCGGAUCGAGCACCAUAGGUGCGGGAGACACGGACUUCUUCUGCGAUAUUUGUGUCAGAACGUUCAAAAGCCGCCAGGCUUUCUCGAACCAUAUGCGUAUUCACGCCAAAGUUCCAUCCAAUAAGAAGAGGCCGGGCGAUUCCAGGAGUUUCGCUCCUCAGAUUAUCGGGAAACCUAUUCACUUUUCAAUGAUCCAACCGGGAUUCAGUCCGUUCAAGCCGAACUGUAACGUGCCCAACGCUCCCUAUUCUUGUGAUAUAUGCGGAAAAGGAUUUAUGCAUAAGAAAAAUAUUUGGAAACAUAAGAAGGUGUUGCACGCGGAUCUUUUGAACGACAGACACGACAGCGAGGAGAACACCAUGCACGCUUCCACGGAGGAGGACGAAUACAACCCCGACGAGAAUGGGGCUAUUCUAUCGACACCCCAGUUUAACAGCUUCAACUUCGCCAACAUGUCCAACUCCAUGCAAUCGACGCCCCAAGAACCCACGCAGUUCUCGUGUGAAUUGUGUUACAAACGCUUUCCGCUCAAGACCAGUCUGUGGAAGCACAAACGCGCCAAGCACGGCAUCAUCAACCCUUCGGCCACCGACACUUCGGUCGAGGUCAACAACAGUCGCUCCAGUUGUACCAUUUGCAAAAUAUCUUUCGCCGACAAGAAGUCCUAUUACCGGCACAGGAAGAACGUCCACAAGUCGUCGGUUCAAAUGUGUAAAAUAUGCGGAAAGCCUUUGAACUCGACCCUGGAGCUCUACGAACACUUGAAAUCCGACCACGCGCGAGAACUGUUGGGCUACAACUCCUCUCAAGGCCCCGGAAAGUCUCAGGAGAUGCCUCAGGAGGUGGAAGUGGAGUUCGACGACCGGGAGACCGAGCGCCCCGAUCCCAACGCCGAGUACCAAGCCCGCUAUCCGUGCGACACCUGCGGUAAGCAAUUCGUGGGGCUGCUGGCGUUGCAGAACCACCAGUGUAUCAAUCAGCUGCCCCAGCAGCCGCAAACCUUCGACUGUGAAAUAUGCCACAAGAGCUACGUCUCCAUCGCCGCGCUGAAGAGCCACCGCGGAUGGCACCUGCGCUCUCCGGACGGAAAGGCGGCCGCCAACAACUCCGGCCUUUGGAUGCCCCAGAACAAAGUGACCAGCAAAGUCAGCAAAUACGAGGUCGUCGACGCCUCUCAGCUGGCCCGCGUCUCCCACACCACGACAUCGGCCCCCUCCCCCUUGACCAAGCGCAGGCUGCCCCCGGAGGUGGAGGUGACGGUCGUCAACCCAAAUAAGAAGUUGCGAUCCGACGACUCCGGAGAGAUGGACCAGUCGACGAACGCCUCCGGGCCUUCGGACGACAGAUACUGUAGGAUAUGCGACCGAGAGUUCACCAAGCGGGCGGCCUACCAGCGCCACAUGGACGAGGUCCACCAACCGAACUCGGUGUUCUGCCCCGUCUGCGACAAGAGCUUCACGCGCAAGAGCACACUCAUAGUGCACAUGAAGAAGCACUACGACGCCGGGGAGGGCGGCUCCAACCUGCAGGAGGAGGAGGGUUCGGCCUGCGAGGUCUGCGGGGAGCGGUUCGACGACCCCGACGCCCUCAACGCGCAUCGCGAGACGCAGCACGGCGACGAAGAGUCCGCCGGGGACUCGGAGGACGACGGCUCCGCUCCGCCGGCGCCGCCCGGCGAGUUCACCUGCGCUCAGUGCGGCGACGGGGUGGCCACGCCCCGCGACCUCAUCGCCCACCGCACCAUGCACGCCACGCCCACCAAGUUCUUCUGCAACAUCUGCAAGGUGUACUUCGCCAGGGCCAUCGACCUGUCGUCGCACACGCGGGCGAGGCACUCGGACAACGAGAAGGUGUUCUUUCCGUGCGCCAUGUGUGACCGAUUCUACAUGAACAAGAAGAGCCUGCAACGGCACAUCGAGAUGGCUCACUGAUGAUGAGAACUGGUUCGGGGCCAGUUCGACUUGUAAAUUUGGGGCACUUGGUGGUCCCGAUCUGUAAAUACGUUUUGUAUUAACUCGAGGGUAGACUUUCCUUAGUUGGCAUUCCUCUUCCGUUCUCGUCUCCGUUGCGGUCGAUCUUCAUCAAUCUGCUCAUUUUGUGUUAUUUAUUUUUAAUUACAAAUAUUCAAUUCGUAAUACCGUUUAAGUUGUUUUAAUCGUAGGCGUAUUAAGUUGGGUCUUUUACGUUAGGUUUAGUCUAGGUAUAUUGUUAUUUUAAUUAAGUCAAUACAUUUCCGUAUUCAAAAUACUGAAAUAAUGGGCCAAAAUUUGCUUUUAGUCACUAUAAAAAUUGUUUUUUUUUUUUGAAUUACGAAAAUAGAGCUAUUUUAGUUUUAAGGCAGCGGCGCCAUCUCCGAGAAGAAUGAUUGAUGAUUCUGAAGAGUGUUCAGGCGGAAAUGCCUCGCUUCGAUCCUUCUCUCGAAGGUGGACCGAAACCUGAGGGGUUUGAAUUAAUAUUUUAUUUAGCUUAUGUAAAUACGUUUGACUACAAAUUAGGAAUUUAAUGAGUUGAUUUGAACUAUUUUAGGUUUCCAUUAAAAUGUACUGAUUAUUUUAUAAAGGUUACUUUGUAUAUUUUCUACUCGUAAGUCAACCACAAAUUUGCAUCGUCUCAUCUAUGGCGGUGUAAUCGAUUGAAAUGUUGAAUUUUGUUUAAUCAUUGUAUAGAAAAUUAAGUUCGUUUAACAUUUACAAAAAAUCCAAAUUAUGUGGUUCAACUUAAGUAAAAUGUUGUAAUAGUGCCUUUUUGAUACGUAGCAGAGAUACGAAAACUGUUGUGGCUGUAGUGAGGCUAUAUCGUAACGGCUGGAACAAUAUAUUUAACAUUUUAGAAAUAUAUAUAUCUUAUGUUACUCGGGGAUAAUGUCGCAUUCUAACGGUGAAAGAGUUUGACACAAUGAGAAUACAAUUCUUUCCUCUUUAGAUACGAUUUAUUGUAUCAUUUUAUUAUAUCAGUAAAUUGUUAAGAGCAAAUUUACGAUAUUAAAGUUUUUCGAUAUUCGCGAUAGUUUUCGUUCAUUCGACGAAACUCCAUAAUGGUUAUUGGACUUACGGUGUACGUAUUAAAACUAUUUGAAGGGAAUCAGAUAAUUUCUUUAUGGCGCUUUGUCCAUAGAUGAGGUUUACUUUGUCAUCUUUGUGGUUUCAUGAAUAAAGCGACUUAAAUAUA